GGAAGCGGCAAUGCAAUGGGAGAAUAGCUCCGCUCGCGAAGCGGGAGGUGGAGGGCUCGCGCGAGGAGAGGGGAGCUUCUGGUGGCCCCUCGUCGUCGGGGCGGGCGGAGGGAGGAGGCGGGAAGGGAGGGAGCGCGCGGCGGCCGUGGAUGGCGGUGGUGUACCGCUGCUGCGAGGCCGGGUUCUUCGAGCACAUCGCCAUCAUCGUCCUGCUGGUGCUCUUCGCGGGCCUUAUGUCGGGGCUCACCCUGGGGCUCAUGUCCCUCAGCCUCGUCGACCUCGAGGUCCUCGCCAAGUCCGGCACCGAACAGGACCGCAAGCACGCAGCUAAGAUAUUACCUGUUGUGAAGAACCAACACCUUCUGUUAUGCACUCUUCUGAUCUGCAACGCUGCAGCCAUGGAGGCUUUGCCCAUAUUCCUUGAUAACUUGGUGACUGCUUGGGGUGCGAUUUUUAUCUCAGUGACACUGAUUCUGCUGUUUGGUGAGAUAUUACCACAGUCCAUUUGCUCACAUUAUGGGCUGGCCAUUGGUGCCACAGUUGCUCCAUUAGUCCGUGUGCUUGUUUGGAUCUGCUUUCCUGUUGCGUAUCCUAUAAGCAAGCUACUGGACUAUGUGCUGGGUCAUGGUCAUACCGCUCUCUUCCGUAGAGCUGAGCUAAAAACACUUGUCACUCUGCAUGGAAAUGAGGCUGGCAAAGGUGGAGAGUUAACCCAUGAUGAAACUACCAUAAUAGCUGGAGCUCUUGAACUCACUGAAAAGAAAACUAAAGAUGCUAUGACACCAUUAUGUCAAACCUUUGCAAUUGAUAUAAAUGCGAAGCUUGACAGGGAAUUAAUGCAAGAGGUCCUUGAGAAAGGGCAUAGCAGAGUGCCAGUUUAUUAUGAAAAGAAGACAAAUAUCAUUGGAUUGAUAUUGGUAAAGAAUUUAUUAUCCGUUCACGCUGAUGGUGAGGUUCCAAUAAAAAGUGUAACUAUCCGCAAAAUUCCUUGUGUUUUAGAAGAUAUGCCCCUCUAUGACAUCCUAAAUGAAUUUCAGAAAGGCCACAGCCACAUGGCAGUAGUCAUAAGGAAAAACAAUCCGAGUUACCCUGCUCAACAACAACCUGGCAAUGAUGGUGGAACUUUUGAGGUGUCCAUUGCUAUUGAUGAUAAGAAUAGUGAAAAGGUGUUGAAGAACCUUCCACCACCACUGCGAAGAUGGAAGAGCUACCCUAACACUCAGAACUCAAAUAGAGGAAGUAGGACUAAAAAAUGGUCCAAAGAUCAAUCAGAUGUUCUGCAGAUACAUGAAGAGUCCUUGCCCACAUUGAGUGAAGAUGAAGAGGCUGUUGGUAUCAUAACCAUGGAGGACGUCAUAGAAGAGCUUCUGCAGGAGGAGAUAUACGACGAGACCGACGUACAUGAGGAACAAUGACGCUGGCCUUGGUCCCAUUGUGUAUUUCCCUUUUGGACCAGAGAACCAGCCUGUUACGGCAGUUUUUUGCUGCGAAAGUGUAGUAUAUAUGUAAUGUUGUACUCCAUGUAGAUAGGCAGAUACAUUGAAGAAUACUGGUAGUUCAUCUCAGUUCUAGGAGGCUAUGUCUAGAGUAGUAGUAGGACCCUCUGGAAUUCGGAUUGCUUGGUCCGUAAGCUGUGUACCGAGUAAUCCUGGAAGUGGAGGUUAUGCGGCGCUGCCGUUCGGUUCAGAAAUCCCAAUAAGAUUUCGGUUUCUGUGA